UGGUAGCAACCUCAGUGCGUGCCAGAGGUCACAAGAUCAUGUCGACGACCAAGGCCGAGAAGUUCGUGCGCCUCCUGAGCGCCAAGCUCAAUGAGCUGCCCCACCUGCCCUUCUCGCAGGCCGAGCUGCGCGAGAAGCUCGAGACCGCGGUCGCCUCGCUGCCCAACUCGGGCCUCAAGGGCCUCCUGCAGCGUGACAUGGAGCACUACGUCGCGCUCUUUCAACAGACCGUGACUGCGACCGCGGCCGCGCCGGCCUCGGACCGCUGCCUCGCCGAGCAAGAGUACGACCUUCUUCUGCAGGCCACGCACGCGACCAAGCUCGUCGAGAUGCCCGUGACGCCCGCCGAAGUCUUCUUCAACUACAGCGUGCCGACGACUCUCGAUGCGUCGACCGCGUCGCCGACCGAGCUCGUUGACGCCGUCGCGCAGAUCUGCACCACGCUGGCGCACGAGCUCGCGACAAACGGCCUUGCGUCCGCCUUGCCGUCGCUCCAGGAGCCUGGCCACGCCGUCGCGCUCUACGUCGCCAAGCUCUUGCCCCUGCUGCAUGCGUAUCUGGAGCGCAUGGCGUCGCACACGGUGUUUGAGGCAAGCGACCGCCUCCAGUCGGUGCUGCUCGACACGCUGCGCCUUGUCGGCUUCCACCGGCCGCUGCCGACGCCAUCGACGCCGUCGAUCAUCUCGUUCUACACGCCGGCGCCGACGACCGAGACAUCGGCGUCGGCCGCCGAGACGCAUGCCCUCGCGCAGCUCUACGCUGUCACGCUGACCCUCGUCCUUUUCUUCCCCGCGCCAACAAAUACGUCGGCGGCCGUCGACUCGGACGACGACUCGGACGACGACGAACGAACGGUGACGACGUCGACGACGCCCGACGCGUUCGUCUGCGAUCUGCUCGCGGUCGCGUACCUCGAGGCCAAGGGCUGGCUCAUCGACGUGGUGCUCAUGGCGCUGUCGCUGCCGCGGCCGGCGUCGGCUGUCGUCGCCAAGGACGCCCCGCUCACGCGCCUCGUGCUUCAGGCGCUGCGGACGAUGACGUUCGACGUGGGUAUGGGCCGCCAGGUCUUGCUGACGCACGUGGCGUGCCUCCGCAAGGCUCGCGUGUACCUCAAGGCUGCCCGCCUCGGCCAGUGCCACGAGCUCUCGAGCCUGAUCACGCAGCUCACGAGCCUCCCGGUGCCCUUUAAGCUCCUCGACUGGCUGCGUCUUGUGGCGCUCAGCGGUCUCUCGGACGCGUUGCGGACGCAGGUCGAAGCGGUUUUGGCGGCCGAGAAGCCCCUUUGCGUCGACUUGCUCUCGCCCAAGUGGACGGACGACGACAUUCUCGAGCUGCUCGAGAAAGUCCAGAGCCAGUCGUCGGUGGUCGAGUCGGGUGCGGACGCCGACGCGGUCGACGCCGAGACGCUCGCGGCGCCGGACGCCGACGUGCCGCUCUUCUACGUCGACAGCACGGGCGCCAACUAACUCUACUGAGUUCUUAGCCCACUUAUUUGCCCUUACGAUUUGCCUCCAAAACUAGUGUCUUUUUGUCCACAAACAACGCAGUACAGA